UGUAAAGAAAACAUUCAUCUACAGCUACAAUGGGAUUGGCAGGACCUCGAAACAAACAACGCAUCGGCGAAGACCCGAGAAACACUCGAUGGGGUAACGACACAAACAAAUUCGGCUUCAAACUCAUGUCGAAUAUGGGUUGGAACUCUGGUGAUGGUCUCGGCAAGAACAGACACGGACGCUCCAUCAACAUUAAAGUCACCGCAAAGGACAACACCCUCGGUCUCGGCGCAAAACAGGGCGCUGUCAACGACUGGACAGGUCUCUCAGCCUUCAACGAUAUGUUCAAGCGCUUGAACGGCGUGGACGUACAGGAGAAGGAAAAGCACAAGAAGAAGAUGGGCGAUUUGAAGGUUGGGGAGGUAUAUGUGCUCGGAGGUGGUGGGUUGAAGAAUUACUUGGGGAGUGGCAUGAGGUUCGUUAAGGGGGAGACUUAUACAACUGAGAUGAGUAAGGAGAAUUUUGCGAAGAGGGGGUUGGCUACGACGGCAGAGGAGGCCGAGGCUGGGGCAUCAUCGUCGGGAAGCGAAUCAGAAGAGGAGGAAGAGGAGGAGAAGGCCGACACCCCAGAACCAGCGCCGAAGAAGCGAAAGCGAUCUGCCAGUGUUUCAUCUGCAUCCUCAUCAUCAUCAUCGGAAGAAGAAGAGGAGCCAGCAAAGAAGUCAAAGAAAUCCAAAAAGUCAAAGAAACCUGAAGACCCCGAAAAAGCCGUUAAGAAAGCCGCCAAAGCCGUCCGCAAAGCCGAAAAGGUCGCCAAAAAGGAAGCGAAAGCCCUCAAAAAGGCCGCAAAGAAGGCAAAAAAGGAAGGGAAGACACUGUCGGUCAAGGUCGAGACGGUGGUUACGGCACCGAAGGGACACAGGUUGGCGCAUCGGGCCAAGUUUAUGAGGCAGAAGAAGGCGGCGUUUGGGGAUGCGGACAGGAUGGCUGAGAUCUUGGGGAUCAAGGCAUAGAAACCUUUUCGUCAACGUGGAUGAGAGGGAAUCAUGGAAGAUCUGGACGAGGAUCCGGAUUGAGAUUGAAGAGUGAGGUUUGUAUCCUUUGCAUCUGGCGUUCUGGGACAGCGUGUG